AACGCUAAGACGUGUGGGAAACAUACGAACCACGCCAUGUGGUGGUUUCAUGUCUGUCUAAUGUCUCACAUUUCAAUUCAUACUGAUUAACUACCAUAUGAAAAUGCAAUAACUAUAAAUAGUAUAAAUAAACCAACAAAAGGACCUACUUAAGAGUUUAUUCUUUUCGAAAUGGUAUAAGAAUAUAUUCAUGAUAUGACAAAAUAAUUUGGCUAAGAAAAUUAAGACGGCGACGAGAAUGUAAGACAUAUCUUUAAAAAUAAAGUUCAGAAAUGGAGCCAUGCAGCCACAAAUGUUUUGAUACUACUAGACCGAUAGAGAGUUUCUACUAGAGACCACAACUUGAUUCUUAUGAUGUAAACAUGAGUGGCUACAGUUUUAACCACAUAAUAGUUUUUAUUAAAAUAAAAUGUUGUGUUUCAACCAUCUGAUUUUUAGUGAUUGUGUUUGUGUAUGACAUUUGAGUUGUAAAUAAAAUGUUGUAAUGAAAUAUGAAAUACUUAUCAAUGUGUUCCAAUUCAGGUCCUUGAACCGUGAAUCCUAAUAGCUAUUCAACGGCAGUGAAUUCACCAAUAACAAUGUUGAAAAGCGUUUACUAUCAUUCAUCCGCUUCUGACAAAGUAGAGACAAGUUCUUAUUGUUAGCCACAAGGGCGACAUGUCGAGUAUUUACUUUAGCUCAUGGCUUUAUAUGUUGCUAUCAAAGACAACACCGAGACUUGUGUUCCUAACAAACGGUAUAUGCAUCAACGGGUUACGGUUCUAUGGGACCAAAUACGGAUAGAGGAGCUAUGCCAAAAAGAGUUUUUUUUAAAAAAAAUCUGAUAGAAUUUCUCGUUGAUAAGAAAUACAUAUAAAGAAAUCUGACAAAAAGGGAAAAUUUUAAAAGUGCCCACACGCAGGAUCGAACUACGGACCUUCAGUUUACAAGACUGACGCUCUACCACUGAGCUAUACGGGCAUUUUAUACAAUGUUUUACUUAAAAUUAUAAAUUCGGUUCAAAGAACCAAUUGUUUAUUUUUUGCUAAAAUUUGGUGAAAGAACCAAUAGUUCCACAGGCAAUCAAUAAAUGUGAAAUCCGUUCGAUAAUCUGGAACCAGAGUGCACGAUAAUGAUUUAGCCUAUAAUGAACCAUGUCUCAGUAUCUAACAAGGAAGUCUUUGACAAACCAUUAUGUUUUAGCCUAUAAAAGUCAAUGCACGAUAAGUAUCUACCUUCCUAGAGUAAUGAGAGAUUCGUGAGCCUCAUACUAAGUAAGUAGUACCAUGUUCUGUAAAUGCUCAAAUGACAAUUUUGCUUCAGUUGUAGCAGGUCUCUUAAUAAUCAACCGUUGGUCCAUGUCGGAGAACUCCAAGGAAACAAGAUAUGCGAACCCUUCAUGAGAUCUGUAAAGAAGUGUUAAUAUGGAGAAAGAUGAUAAUACUAAGAGAGACAUUUGUUAGUAGACUUUAUCAUAACACAGAUGGACGAAAAACACACUGAACUAUGGACUUAUAAGAUUGCAUAGUUGAAAAACCGGGUCAUUGUCUCCAGCUAACAGUGAAUCAUUUACAGAAUGGCCAAGUCUGUCCAUCGUUACACACAAAGUCAAUUUUAGUUCCUGUCCGUCAUCGCACACAAAACCACUUUAAGUUACUCCAAUAACCGCAAAGUAUGCAGAAGUGCAGAACAUGGAAUGAAUGGCAUCUUAGUUUUUCUCCCCCAGGUAUAAAAAUAAACAUAAGCGAAUAUAUCCAUCACCAUGCAGUAAAGCUCUCUCUUGCACUAAACACUAGUCUAUGCAACUAACGAAAGAUAAGACAUGAGUUUGCAAAUUAAAUCGAUAAUUCUAAAUUCUAAAUGUUUUUAUACAAUACAAAAUAAUUUUAUUACGUGAGCUUUGAAUGUAAUAUUUCGGGCAUAUCAAAUUUUACUAUUUACUAUGUAAAUUCUUUUUUAUUUUUUAAAAAAAAUUAUGUAAGUACUUAAAAAUAGAAAAUCAACUUAAAAUUUAUACUUAAAGAAAAAUAGACAUUCAAGCGUUAGCUGAUCCAUAUAAUACCAAGACAGAAAAUUGACUAAUCAACCGAUUACGUAAAAAACAUUUUUUUUUAAAACGUAGCAUGCAUGUGCGGUGAUAAAAAAAAUUUGGUUGAACAUUUUGAUAAUUUGAAAUCUGAAAAGUGUGCUGUGGUGUGUAAUUUGAUAAUUUAUAAAUAUGAAUUUUCAUUUUUUACGAUGACAAUCUUUUUCCUCUUUUUGUUCGUUUUAUAAUCCCUUUUAAAGAUAUAAAUAUCUUCGUCUUUUUAAAAGAAAAUAUCUUAUAUUAAAAAGGUGCUUUUGUAAAUGAGAAUUUAUAAAUAUGACUACUUUUCCUUUCUUAAUAUAUUACAAUUUUUUCCUUCCUUUUUUUGUUCUUUUCCAUAAUCUGUCUUUAGAUUUAGCCCCAGUAGUUUGAACGUAAAAGAAAAAAAUAACAAACUUAAAAAGAAACCCUAGUACGGGUGGUAGAGGACUUGUGUCUGAAAUUUGUUAACCUUUAGAGAAGAUGAGUGGGAAGAACGAUGCGGCGAAGACAGGCAAAAUAGCGGUGUGGUGGGACAUGAAGGACUGUCCGGUUCCAGAGGGUAUUGAUGAUCAUCGUGUCCGUCCGAGUAUAGAAGGUGCCUUCAAGGAACAAGGCUACUCUGGUCCUGUCUCCAUCACAGCCUAUGGCGACCAAAAACAAACCCCUGAACACGUGCUACGAGCUCUAUCUUCCACUGGAGUCGCGGUGGUACAUAUCGGAUCUGGUUAGUCCAAUUAGUUGUUAUAUCAUAAAUAUAAAAAAUGUUAUAGUUAGAUCUUGUGUAUCUAUAGUGAGUAUGUUUCCUUUGUAAUGAAACAGAAAGCACGUGCGCAGUCAUGUACCUUGAUAUGGUGAAAUGGCGAGAGGAUAAUCCUCCUCCGGCUACAAUGAUGAUCAUAACCAAUCAGAUGCUAGAUGUCUUCAACUGGGAUCUGGCCCGGCUACAACAACGCACGAGUUACAACAUUUUUCUGGCUUAUUCAAUUAGGCCUGUCGCAGCAUUGUUCGUGUACACUCGCAAAGAGUGGCUCUGGGAAAAAUUACUACAUGGGACGACGUCGACAAGCGUAGACACGGCGGGUGAAUUAUCUACCGUGUUUCAUUGCGAAUUUUGCUCUUUGGAUUGCCAAAGCGUGAAGAGUUUCAAAAAGCAUCUCUCCACUAAAAAGCAUGCAAUAGAAGAGGUGUUAAACCCUCAGCCUACACAACUUAUAUCUGUAACGAAGAGGUGGGGGAAGAACUAUGCUGCGACGCCUGAAUAUGCGACAGCUAAAAUCCAUGUGAGUUGGGACAUGUCUGAGUGUCCUAUUCCCGACGGUUAUGAUGCUCGUCGGGUCCGUCCCAGUUUGGAAGGAGCUUUCAAGGAACUAGGCUACUCUGGUCCUGUCUCCAUCACUGCCUUUGGUGACCAUAAACAAACCCCUGAACGCCACCUUCAUGCCCUCUCUUCCACUGGAAUCGAUGUUGCACAUGCCCUUCCGGGUUAGUCCAUUUGGAAUUUAAAAAAAUAAAAAUAAAUUAGCAACUAUCCCUUGCAUGCAAUUUACCUUUUGUUUUGUUGAAACAACAGAAUUCAUAUACAGUCGCAUGUUUGAUGAUUUGAAGCAAUGGCGAGAUAACAAUCCUACUCCGACUACAAUGAUGAUCAUAUCGGAUGGGGCUGAAAUUUUGUUAGGAGGUUGUCUUGCCAGGCUAAAACAACUAAAGAAAUACAACCUGUUUUGGGCUUAUUCUUUUAGGCCUUGGAAAAUGUCAGUCAUGCUCACUUCUGCCGAGUGGCUCUGGGAUAGCUUACUUGCAGUGGAAGUAGUGAAAGCGUUGUUGAGUCUACCGGAAUGUUUUAUUGCAAAAUGUGCUUCUCUAAGCGCAAACGCCUGGAUAAAUUCGUGAAGCAUCUCUCGAGUAAAAAACAUAUCUCCGAAGUAAGCAUCCUCUCUCUCUCUCUCUCUCUCUCUUUGUGAUCUAUACAUUUUUGUCUAACCAUUUUAGCAAGCAGGAGGAGGGUAUUACUGAGCAUGUUGAAGCUUCCGAGAAGCGGCGACUGUACUGUCUAAAGGCAAGUUUUUUUUUCCUCAAUGAUUAAUUUAAUAAGAUUUUACCAGAAAGACAAAAUUGUAUGCAUGCCAUUUCUCACAACUCUGUGUUUUUUUUUCAUAUUGUAGAAAGAAUGUUUUCCAGAGAGCAAGCGGUUGAGGAAAGCUGCCUAGUCGAGGUCGAAAAGUUGUGACUCAAGUGAUCAGAGUCUAAUCCUAUCCUAUCUUUAUUUUUCGUUUCCUAGUCUAUGUUUCGUUUUGAAGUAUUUAAAACAAUGGCUAUAUAUAUAUAUUGUAGCAAUGGAUCUUGAUAGCUGCGUCUAGACUCCAGAACUAGGCCCAAAAUGUAUUUUUGGUACUCUUAAGAGUUUCUGUCUUUUUUUGGAUCUCUGUUUCUAACUUUGUUCACUUCCCAAAGGCUCGUCAAACAUAGGUGAUUGAGUACACAACAGUGUUAACAAUUUCUUGAAUAACUUCUGAAUAGCAGAUUGUCCUGUGAUUGAAUCCUCUGUUUUGGAGGAAUAUGAAACCGAAAUAACAUGAACUAAAUGUAUUCUUUCUUAUUGAAGAGAAGAGUUUCCAUGCACAGUACACCAUGUCUCAGUUUUUAACAAGGAACUCUUUGACUAACCAACCAUUAUGUAUCAGCCUAUAAAAAUUCAUCAAUCCACAAUAUGUUCCUAUAGAAAUGAGAGAUUCGUUAGCCUCAUACUAAGUAGUUACCAAACUUUGGACUUGUAAGAUUGCAUAGUUGGGUUAGCAACACCAUUAUCUCCAGCUGAGUAGUGAACCAUUUACAAAAAAAGUCACACCCAUUACACACAAACCACUUUUAGUUACUCAAUAACCGCAAGUAUGAAGAAGAUGGACCUUACUCUUUUUCUCUCAAAUACAAAAAUAAUCAUAAGAGAGUAUAUACAUUACCCUGUAGUAAAGCUCUCUCUUGCAGUUGCACUGAACAGUACUCCAUGCAACUAACACCUAGUAACGGUAUUAGAGAUAUGUGGGCCGUAAGAUGUGUAUCUUACGGACCAAGAUUGUGAAGCCCAUGAAACCCAUGAAGACCAUCAAGACUAAAAGGAAAGACUUGAAGAACAAGUUACUCUCAAGAUAUUCUAGCAUAUUUACAUUAAGUGUUUAGGAAAGUUAGCAUUAUCUAGUGUUAACAUUAUGUUAAUGUUACCACUAUAUAUAUGCAUAUUGUAUUCUCUUAUUAAACACAACACAAUAAUAUAUCUAUUCUAUUAUAUUUUACAUGGUAUCAGAGCAGACGAUUCUUUGGGAUCGAAAUUAAAACUUCCGCAUUAUAAGUUUAGAGCUUUGAUGGCGUUCAUCGUUGGUGUUGGCGAUGUUGAAGAAGAUGGUGACGGUAAUGACGAUGAAGACGUGGUAAUAUGAGUCGCUGGGGUUUUGUGUUAUUAGGGUUUUGUUUUCUUUUUAUAUUUAGUUAAGUGCAAUAGGUUUUGUUCUACCUGCUUUGUUUUUGUUUAGAUUUUUUUUUUCUUAUGGUUUGGUCUAGGGGUUAUUGAGAGAUGUUUGAAAAGGUCCUUAGGUUAAAAGAUCGGGUUUUCACAGUUGUUUAUUUUUUUGAGAUCUAUUCUAUAGUUUAGAAUUUCUCAGAGUGUUUUGUUUCCCAUAGUUUGGGAUUUAUUGGUUAUAGUUUAACCAUUACGGGGGAGUUCUAGUAGAACGCUCAAUUUUUUUUUUAGGUCAAGUUGUUUAGUCCGAGUUAUGGACUGUCCGAGUUAAGGACGAUUAUUUGUGGAGUUGUAGUUGCGCCCACGGGAUGUAUUCCCAUUGUCAAGACCAAAGAAAAGCUGAAGUUUUCAUC